AUGGUAAACUCAAAUACAAACCCUAAGGGGUUAAGAACAUCGUCAUCUUCACAUCAUUCCAUUGCCAAUUCUGGUCCUAUCUCAAUCUUAUCGUAUUGUGCAUCUUCCAUCUUAAUGACAAUGACAAAUAAAUUCGUAGUCAAUUUACCAAAUUUCAACAUGAAUUUCAUAAUGUUACUUGUACAAUCAUUCGUUUGUACUUUAACUUUAAUCAUUUUGAAAAAAUUCAAUAUUACAAAUUUCCGUCCAUUAAACAAGAAAGAUACAUUAAAUUGGUUACCCAUUUCUUUCCUCCUUGUCAUUAUGAUAUUCACAUCUUCUAAAUCUUUACAGUUCUUACCUGUCCCCAUUUAUACAAUCUUCAAAAAUUUAACAAUUAUUCUUAUCGCUUACGGUGAAGUUUUAUUCUUCGGUGGUAAAGUAACUCUAUGGGAAUUAUCUUCAUUCAUAUUAAUGGUUUUAUCUUCCAUAGUAGCAACGAUGGGUGAUAAUCAAGCUUUAAAACAAGCUACAGCUUUAUCAAUUGCUAAUUCCACCGCUCAAUUAAACCAUCAAGGUAAUAAGAAAACUACCACUGAAGAAAUAGAGUUAUCAAAUAUUACCAUAUGGACAACAAUUAUGGGGAAUCCAGGUUAUCUUUGGAUGUUUAUAAAUUGCAUAUCAUCUGCAUUAUUCGUAUUAAUAAUGAGGAAAAAGAUUAAACAAACAAAAUUUAAAGAUUAUGAUACAAUGUUUUAUAAUAAUAUCCUAGCAUUACCAAUCCUUUUAAUAUUUUCAUAUAUUGUAGAAGAUUGGUCCCACGAUAAUUUGAAAUUGAAUUUAAAUAAUGAUUCAGUUAUACCAAUGAUCAUUUCAGGGUUAGCUUCCGUCGGAAUCUCUUAUUGUUCAGGUUGGUGUGUUCGUGUCACUUCAUCAACUACUUAUUCCAUGGUCGGAGCAUUAAAUAAAUUACCAAUUGCUCUUUUCGGUUUAUUAUUCUUUGAUGCUCCAAGGAACUUUUUAUCUAUUUUUUCAAUUUUUUUAGGUUUCUUAUCUGGGUUAUUAUAUGCAUUCGCUAAACAAAGGAAAAAUAUAUCAACAUCAACAUCUGCAAAAAAUACUGCUGCUGCUGCCGCUGCUGUUGUUGUUGCUCCAUCAUCAUCAGCUACAAUUUCUACUUCAAAUGAAAAAUGA